AUACCCCCCUUGACUAGUCUUUAUCAAAGGGCUUGCUUAAAUCUGACUACAUUUGUUUUGUUUUGCACUCUAAUUAUUUGAUAAAUUACUUCAAAGAAAACUUGAUGGGAUCCUUUCGCUUGAGCCAAGAUUCUGUCUUUUUGGUCAAAUAAGACACCGAUACAACGCUUAAUAUUGUAAGUAUUAAGGUUCAGUCUGGGUGAUCUUUUCUCAGGAAAAUAUGGAUUUGGUUCUUGAAAUCAAAGAAAAAGUGUCUCUUUCUCCAUCUCAACAGCCAUAUUUUCUCUUUCAGCCACCUACAUCUCCUUCUUUCAGUGUUGUUCAUACAGGUGGGUUCAAUUUGAACAACAAGGUGAGUUCAAGUAUAUUGCUGAUUAUUAUAAUCCUUGCCAUUAUUUUCGUUAUCUCUGGUUUGCUUCAUUUUCUUGUUAGAUUCCUAUUGAAACCUCAACAUAGGGAUCCUGAUGAAGUAGACAAUGUGACUGUCCUUCAAGGCCAGUUGCAGCAACUCUUUCAUUUGCAUGAUUCUGGUGUUGAUCAGUCUUUUAUUGACACCCUCCCUGUAUUCAAGUACAAAACCAUUAUUGGAGUGAAGGAUCCAUUUGAUUGUGCUGUUUGUUUGUGUGAAUUUGAGGCUGAAGAUAAGCUUAGGCUUCUGCCCAAGUGUAGUCAUGCCUUCCACAUGGAGUGUAUAGAUACUUGGCUGUUAUCUCACUCCACUUGCCCUCUUUGUAGAGCAAGUUUGAUUCCUGAUUUUUGGCAAAAAAGCAAUUGCUCGCCAAUAGCCCUUGUUCUUGAAUCUGGAAGUGAAGGUUCAAGAGAGAUUGUUUUGGAUAGGGAGGGUGGAUUAGACACCAGUAAUUCAGUUUCAAGUGUGAAUUCUAAAUUGAAUGUUCAUUGUGAUAAUGAA